UAUGGGUGUAUUUCAUAAACAAUAGGUUAAACCGCGUCUGGUUUUGUCACAUACUCUCUCUCUAAUCGCUCUCUAUAUAUACUAUAUAUAACAAAGAAUUGUUCAUCAGUACUCACAUCUGAACACAACCAUCAAAGAUCUCAAAUUCUGAAUUAUUGAUUUCAAUUGUUGUGAAACCCUUUUACCCAAAUAGCAAACAUGAGUGCCACAAGAAAAGCUUGGGUUGUUGCAGUUAGUAUUGGAGCAGUUGAAGCAUUGAAAGAUCAAGGGUUCUGUCGAUGGAACUACGCCCUCAGGUGUGCAAAGACCAAUCUAAGGUCUUAUUACCAGGCUCGGAGACUCUCUGCUGCGGUCAUUUCUAACUAUGGGGACAGAAAAGAGAAGAUGAAGAAAACAGAGGAGAAGAUGAAGAAAGUCAUGGACUUGAACUGUUGGGGUCCUCAUACUAUUAGAUUUUAGUACCAGCUCUUGUAUACGUAUUUUGAAAUAUAUUAGAAAAGAUUUUUGAAAUGUCUUCUCUCUUGUGUUGGAGUGAUCACAAAUGAUUUACCAUAAUGUUAUCACAUUAUUAAACUUGUUGGUCUCUUCAUUAUUAUUAUUAUUAUUUUAUGGAGAAAAUGACCAAUAAUA